AUGGCGGACAAACGUGAAGUUUCUUCUGACAAUCCGGAAGAGGCAUACGCGACGAGAGUCCAGUUUGAGCAGCAGUACUACUCGCUGGUAGCCAUGGCGCGGAGUUUGCUGUCCGGGUCGCAUGACAAAUCUCAGCGUCGCGAUAAUAAGGAUUCACUUCCCGAAAAGCAUUCCCUUUCUUUAGAAGAACGGGCAUGCGAAGAAAGCUUUUAUAAUAACACAAAGCGUAAGGACGACGGUCGCUUUGCGGUUACAAUACCUUUAAAGUCUGAUCCUUCUGCACUAGGAGAUUCAUACGGUAUUGCUAAACGCCGUUUUCUAUCUUUAGAAAAAAGAUUUGAACUCGAACAUAAAUUCAAAUCUACGUACUUGGAUUUUAUGUCAAUUCCAAUGACAAUUCCACGAUUACAACUGUGCGGAACUCUGUUGGAAUCCAGGUUGUGCACGAAAGUCAAAGAAUCUCUCACGUUGCCAGUACACCGAGUUCGAUAUUGGUGUGACUCUUCAAUAAUGCUAGGAUGGUUAUCUACACCUCCUCAGCAAGUAAAGCCUUUCGUUCGAAAUCUUUUCAAUAAGAUUCAAGGAAUUAGCUCUGAUAGCGGGUGGAGAUACGUGCCGUCUAUGGACAAUCCGGCGGUUCUUAUCUCUCGUGGCCUGAAGGCUGAUCUUAUCAGCGCUUCUGCCCUUUGGUGGUCAGGCCCGCAAGCCAACACCAGAAGCAACUUAAAAUUUCCCUUUUUCAAUAGUAGUGUCGACUAUGGACCUAUUUUGAUAUCUGACCGGAAAGGUCGGGGAUCAAAACCAAUUAAGUCCUACCUGUGCAUUUUUGUAUGCAUGGCUACAAAAGCUGUGCACCUCGAACUUGUCACGGACCUUUCUAAAGAGGCUUACAAGGCUGCCUUAAACCGUUUUGUCUCUCGUCGCGGUAGGCCACGUACUAUCUUGUCCGACAACGGCACAAACUUUGUCGGAGCGUGUAAUGAAUUAUAUGCAUUUUUGCAGGGCUCUGACGUUGCAUUUGAAAUCGCUCAGGAAGGAAUAGAGUUCAGGUUUGCACCGGCGUAUACGCCGCACUUUAACGGUCUCGCUGAAGCUGCCGUUCGUUCAGCUAAGCACCAUUUAAAGCGACUCUUGCAGCUUACUCAUUUUACUUACGAGGAAAUGGCUACAUGCCUAACUCAAAUAGAGGCAAUUUUGAAUUCAAGGCCCCUUACUCCUCUUUCCACUAAUCCUCUCGAUUUCUCUGCCCUCACUCCCUCUCACUUCCUUAUUGGACGCUCGCUAAUGUCUGUUCCAAAUCCGCAGGUCACUGAUGCCAGCAUCAGUCGUCUGGAGCGCUAUCAACGUGUGGAAUGUAUCAAACAACACUUUUGGAAGAGAUUUAAUAUUGAAUACAUCUCCAACUUACAGCAGAAAACAAAAUGGCCUGCUUCCACGAAUGGCGACAUAGCGUUGGGAUCGCUUGUCCUGAUUAAGGAUAAGGCACUGCCGCCGCUCUGCUGGUCGCUGGGGCGCGUCGCGAAGGUGUACCCUGGCAGCGACGGCGUCACGAGAGUCGCGGAGCUGAAGACGAAGAGAGGGACGAUUCGGCGCGGCUUCAACAACAUUUGCCCACUUCCUCUUUGAAGUACCCUUCAACCCGGGGA